AUGGCUGUACAGGUUGGGAACGCCAGAACUGCUUGGGCCCGGCCUGCGGUGAGAAAGCUCCCUAGCUUCCCCUUAGGCCUGUCAGGUUCAUGUCCAACUUCCACGAAAGCUCCUAGCUGGACAGUCCCGGCCCAGGCCACCUCUCGAUCCCCCCCAUCAGCCAGAUCUGGGCAGUCACAUAAACCCUGGGUCAGUCAAUCCCAGCAGGGGAGCGAGGUGACUCCCACUGUCCACACGGUCAGCCCUGGGGACGAGGGCGAGGGCGGCGGGGCUCUGGGGACGAACAAAAGAGGGGCGGGAACAGAGGGCCAGACGGGCCCGGGGACUCAGGUGAUAGACGCGCGAGAGGCCCAGAGGGACCUCAAAGACCGAGCUACGCAAGGAGCUCGAGGUGUCUGGCGGGACCGGAGGCAGGAGAGAAGCAGAGUUCCUGGGGGCGGCACAGAGGUUCCCUGGCGCAGUGGCGCGAGGCAGCGGACGCUGCGGGACGAGAACCAGAGGGCCCGGGGCAGCCGUUCUCCCCAGCGCGAUCCCCAGUCUUUUACUAAAAGCGCACGGCUGUCCGGAAGCGUAGCGCCGGAAGUGGGUCGUCUUUCCCGCCCUCCGCCGGAAGUGGUCCGUUCCUUACCCGCUCCUCUCCGGAAGCGGCACAGACUCUCGCCUCACGCCACGAAAGUUCCGGGUCAGGGAGCUGCCUGUGGCAGAGGCGGGGCCGGGCCCAGGACGGCGGUCUGUGGCCGCCCUCGGGGGCCGCCAUUGCGCUUCGGUGCUGUGCUUGUGUGUUGUUUAUUUUUGAAACGGAGUCUCGCUCUGUCACCCAGGCUGGAGUGCGGCGGCGCGACCUCGGCUCCCUGCAACCUCCACCUCCCAGGUUCAGGCGAUCCUCCCGCCUCGGCCUCCGAGCAGCCGGGACCACACGUGCGCUCUGCCCACCCUGCUCACAUUUUUUAUAGUUUAAGUAAGAGUCGGGGGUUUCACCAUGUGGGCCACGCUGGCCUCGAACUGCUGAACUCAAGCGAUCCUCCUGCCUCAGCCUCCCAAAGUGCUGGGAUUACAGGUGUGAGUCACUGCGCCUGGCCUGUAUUUUUCCAGUCUUAAUUUCAAUAUUUUAUUUUUUAUUUUUAUUGAUUUAUUUAUUUUUGAGACGGAGUUUCGCUCUUGUUACCCAGGCUGGAGUGCAAUGGCGCGACCUCGGCUCACCGCAGCCUCCGCCUCCUGGGUUCAGGCAAUUCUCCUGCCUCAGCCUCCUGAGUAGCUGGGACCACAGGCACGCGCCACCACGCCCAGCUAAUUUUUUGUAUUUUUAGUAGAGACGGGGUUUCACCAUGUUGACCGGGAUGGUCUCGAUCUCUUGCCCUCAGGUGAUCCUCCCAUUUCAAGCCUCCCUAAGUGCUGGGAUGACAGGCACGAGCCACUGUGCCCGGCCUCAUUUGCCCUCUUUUGCGCUCUGUUUCUCUCCUGGGUGUGACCCUUUGCUGUCGGUGCGUUCUGUCAUCUUUUCGACAUCCUCGUCCCUGCCUGUUACCCUGUGCAUAGAACAGGGCUGACUUCUGCCUUUCUGGAAGGGUGGGCUAGAGUCUGCGUACUUCAGAGGAAAUGUUAUGUGAUUUAAGCAAUCACAUUUAAGUCCGCAGCCUGCCUUCCACGCAGUCGCCGCUGUUUCCUUCCAGUCUACCAUAUCGUCCAGCAGCCUCGACCCCUUUUGUUGCAAGAAUGAAUAAAUCCGGUAAGAGGCACAGAAUGAUCCCGAGACCUGGGACACGCAGGCAAACACGCCCUCCUGCCCCAUGGUCCGGUGGCUUGAAAACAGCUCAGACACAUGUUUUUACAACUUAAUAUAUAUUUUUAUAAACAGGUCACGUGAUAAAAUAGCACAAGAAACACUUACCAAAUAUAAGGUUAUAUCUUCCGCAUAUACAGGAGAAUGAGGUCGUUAUGUACAAUAAGAAAGUGAUUUUAGGGGUUGGUUGGUUGUGUUUUUUCCUCUCUCCCC